AUGCAGGCAUAUGAAACGUACGACCGAUUCCUGGAGCUUUGCCGUGACUCCAAUCAAUAUCCCCGAUUACAGCUUAAGAUACAACAACCUCAUGAGGCCCUUUAUGGGGAACAGCAAUGGGAAAGCCUCCAAACGAGGAGCUGCUCUCUAUUUGAUGACGAUUCAUCGAUGAUUACUUUCUGGGAAACCGGAAGACGCAAUACCAUGAGAAGCUUCGUGGGCGCAGACGACUCUAGGUCACCUUUGAGUUGCUCUAUGGACAUGUUCAAACUCGUCUGCUCCUAUCACCAAGUCGACCCCUCCUUCAUGGAGCCAGUCUUUGCUUUUGGCCAGCAAAAUGAGCCUCUUGACCUUUGCUUGGCCCAAUUCAAGGGCAGUGACACGCUUAGCUGUCCCGCUGAGAGCCUCACAGCGCUUCCUAGGCUCGGCCGUUCCGGUCGCGAAAUCCAAAUGUCUUAUCUUCUCCGGUCUGCUGAGUCUUCAGACAGCGGCAAUGGCGUCUGGGACUGGCAAAUUCGUCAAGUCGCAAACUAUCAUUCCUUUGACGUGAAAAGCGGACGGGCCUUCUGGUUUACUAUCAAGGCAGAUGAUGCUUUUGAAGACCGUAUUAAGAAGACAAGUCCACUUCUCAAAAUUCCAGCAAAGACGGAAACCCAAGAUGGAGACGUUUCUCUGUAUCUUCAGGCCUCGUUGGCUACCCAUUUACUCCACUUAUCAUGGUGCGAUGAGAAUUGGCGCCAGUUCAUCAACGAUACUGAGGCAGCAAUCCGACUGAUUGUGAAACCAGCGAGCAAAGCGAUUGUAGAUGAUCUCAUUGACAAAGAGUCUAGCUUCCUGAGCACAUUCCCAAAGCCUUUGAGAGACUCCCGUAACCCAACCAUGUACUCGAAAAGUCAAUCUAGGUCAGCCACGGAUACGAUAGCCACCACGGUCGGUGCUGGUGAUAACAAGACGUCAAUCUUGACCUGGAUGACAAGUGGAACAGCCUCAACACUCAGCUCUUGGCUUAGACAGGAAAAAUCCAGACAGGCUGACCCGGAGAUCGGUGGCCAGAGCCACGCUUGGACAUCAGAGUCGAGACCAUCAUUUCCCCAGCCGGAUACAUGGGAAACCCUCGACCAAUUUCGGUUCAAAGACAUACAAACUCUGCAUAAACACUCCGAAAGCAUACAUCGGGCCUCUCUAGCCCUGGAACUAGACAUUGGCGUUCUUCGCGACAUCUGCAACUUCUACUCCCAAGCCGCUGCAACCGAGUUCCAAGGCGAUGUUCCGUGUGAAGCAGCGAUAAGCGGCUUUAUCAAAGAGGUCCAGUCUAUCAUCAGGAGGUUGGAGACCCGACUGCAGCAAAUGCGCUGCUUGUCCAUCAUCCUAAGUCAAAGUGUACAGUUGUAUGAGCGAUUGCUCCAACAGCGAACAAACCAUAUCGGCAACUGGUUCGCCGAAAUUGCCCACGAGAACACCAAGCAGAUGCAAGUCAUCACAGACAAGACAUCGAAAGAAACGACUUCGAUGCAUGUCAUCACAAUCGCGACCCUCAUUUUUCUACCGGCUACCUUCGUUGCAACUUUCUUCCAGAGUGGAGUGUUGCUUUGGAAAGAAGACGGGGUAGAAGACAUGACGGAACCGUUUGUUUGGAAGCGCGAUAGCUUAAUGCUCUUCUUAAGUUUCUGCGGUCCUCUGACCGCGGCCACAAUUGGCGGCUGGUUAUUCAUGUGUGUACGACUGAGGAAAAAGGCACGACGGAAAGCUUGA